GUCCUCUGCGCGGGCGAGCCAGGCCACAGCUCCCGGGCAGCGACCGGACCGGGCAAGCAUUUGGCCGCCGAGUCCGCAGCGCGCCGCCAACAUGCCGGACAAGUGGGACAAGGACGUGUACCCCGAGCCGCCGCGCCGCACGCCGGCGCCUGCGCCGCAGACCGCGCUGCCCAACCCCAUCACCUACUUGACCAAGGCUUUCGACUUUCUCGUGGACCGGCCCGUGACCCUCGUGAGAGAGUUCAUUGAGCGGCAGCAUGCGAAGAACAGGUACUACUACUACCACCGGCAGUUCCGGCGCGUGCCUGACAUCACCGAGUGUGCAGAGAAGGACAUCCUCUGCAUGUUCGAGGCAGAAAUGCAGUGGAGACGGGAUUACAAAGUGGAUCAGGAGAUUGUCAAUAUAAUCCAGGAAAGGAUGAAGGCCUGCCAGCAAAGGGAGGGGGAGAGCUACAGGCAGAACUGUGCCAAGGAGCUGGAGCAGUUCACCCAAGUGGCCAAGGCCUACCAGGACCGCUAUCAUGAUCUGGGGGCCCACUACUCGGCCAGGAAGUGCCUGGCCAAGCAGAAGGAACGGAUGCUGGCGGAGAGGAAAGCAGCUAAGGAGGCUGCUGCAGCCUGAGCACCUGCCUGCCUCUCUUAUUAUGACCAAUAAACAGAAUGAAACUUUUAGUCUCCAGGAGAAAUAAAAACACAGGCAGUGUCAA